CUUGUUUGGUAUCCCGACAUUCUGCACACACACUCAUUCCCUUCACUUCCCUUCCAACAUUCACUCAAUAGAGAGAGAAGAAGAGAAAUUAAGCAAUUGGUAUCUCCUGUCGUCCUUCAUUUGCUUCAAUGGCAGCUCUCCUCUUCUGUUCUUUCUGUGUUUUAUUGUUAUUGCCAAACUCUGCGGUGGGCAUAACAAGGCUUUACACGUUCAAUAUCACGUACCAAAACAUUACAAGACUAUGCAAUACAAGGAGCGUUGUGACGGUGAAUGGCAAGUUCCCAGGGCCUCGCUUGGUUGCAAGAGAAGGUGAUCGAGUUAUCGUCGAGGUUGUUAACCAUGUUUCAUACAAUAUCACCAUUCAUUGGCAUGGGAUAAGGCAGCUUACAAGCGGAUGGGCAGAUGGACCUGCUUAUGUAACACAAUGUCCGAUACAGAAUGGGCAGUCAUACAACUACAACUUCACCAUUACUGGGCAGAGAGGAACUCUCUUAUGGCAUGCUCAUAUCUCAUGGCUCAGAUCAUCCGUUUAUGGAGCCAUCAUUAUCCUCCCAAAACGCAAUGAAUCAUACCCAUUUCAGAAGCCCUACGAGGAGAUACCCAUCCUCUUUGGAGAGUGGUUUAACGUAGAUCCAGAGGCUAUAAUUGCACAGGCACUUCAGACUGGAGCAGGUCCAAAUGUUUCGGAUGCAUAUACCAUCAAUGGUCUCCCAGGGCCACUAUACAACUGUUCUUCUAAAGAUACAUUCAAGCUGAAGGUAAAGCCAGGAAAAACCUACCUUCUCCGCUUGAUCAACGCUGCACUCAACGACGAGCUUUUCUUUAGCAUCGCCAACCACACUCUCACCGUCGUCGAAGCUGAUGCCAUUUAUGUUAAGCCUUUUGACACUGAUACACUCCUCAUCACCCCAGGCCAAACCACUAACGUUCUCCUCAAAACCAAGCCUGCUUUUCCUAAUGCAAUCUUUUUCAUGUCUGCUAGGCCUUACUUCACUGGAAUUGGAAACUUUGACAACUCGACCACUGCCGCUAUUCUUGAAUACAAGCACCCUUCAAAUAGUUCCACAAAGGUUCCCUUAUUUAAGCCAACUUUGCCACCAUUCAACGCUACAGGCUUCGUUGCAAAUUUCACCAGGAAAUUCCGUAGCUUAGCCAAUGCCAAAUUCCCUGCUAAUGUACCACAAACUGUAGACAGAAAUUUUCUUUUCACUGUAGGACUUGGGACUAAUCCAUGCCCUGCCAACAACACGUGUCAGGGACCUACGAAUACUACCAAAUUUGCAGCUUCGAUUAAUAAUGUCUCCUUUGAACUACCUUCUGUAGCUCUUCUCCAAUCCUAUUUUUUUGGAAUGUCUAAUGGAGUUUUCACAGUUGAUUUUCCUCAGAACCCACCUGUGCCUUUUAACUAUACGGGUACCCCACCAAAUAAUACAAUGGUUAGCAAUGGCACAAAAGCGUUGAUUCUACGGUUCAACACGAGUGUGCAACUGGUAUUGCAAGGCACGAGCAUUCUUGGUGCAGAGAGCCAUCCUCUCCAUCUCCAUGGAUAUAAUUUUUUUGUGGUUGGACAAGGUUUCGGCAACUACGAUCCAAACAAAGAUCCUGCCAAGUUCAAUUUAGUCGACCCUAUUGAGAGGAAGACCGUUGGGGUUCCAGCUGGAGGUUGGAUUGCCAUUCGCUUCCUAGCGGAUAAUCCAGGUAUGUAAAAUCUCCAUUACCAUGUAGCAGACAUUUCUUUAUAGAAGUUUUAGCUCCAUUGAUGGAUUUUGUGAACUUGCGAUAUCAGGGGUAUGGUUUAUGCACUGUCACCUGGAUGUGCACACCAGCUGGGGGUUAAGGAUGGCAUGGGUAGUGUUGGAUGGACCACAACCUAAUCAGAAACUACAACCACCACCGUCUGAUCUUCCAAGCUGUUGAUUUUUGUUUUCUUACUGACCAUUGGUCCGGAUUGUUCUUGUACAUGCACUUGCAUUCUUGUCUUGCAUGACUCCAAUUUUUUAACAUAAUAAAUAUAAGUUUUUUUUUUUUUUUUUUUUUUUUUUUUUUUUUUUUUGUGUGAGAGAUUUCUGUAUACGUGUCUAUUGAUAUGAAAAGGUUUUAUGAAAUGUUUGGUUGUGACUUGUGUACUUUGGUUGGUGGAAGGUCAAGACUGAGAUAUGGGAAGAGCAGGUCAGUUGUAAACAUCGUACGAAGUUAAUAAGAUUUUACUUCAACAAUUUUUCAAAUUUAA